AUGCAGUACAAGUCCCUCGCCGUCUUCGCUCUGUCCGCUGGAGCCCUCGCUGCUCCCGAGAAGAGACAGGCCACCGAUGCCAACCUUAUCUCCUACUACCAGGUCCUCGCGACUGCUGUGCCUUCUUCGCUCGGUGCAGAGUUCUUGACCAACAGCGCAGGCGUCCUCUCUUCGGUCGGAGCCGAAUUGGCCGCCAGCUCGACCCCCUCAUGGAUCGCUGCUCUUCCUUCUGACGUCCAGUCAUACAUCGUCGGUGCUGCCCAGAACCCGUCGCUCGCAAGCUCCGCCAUUGCCAAUGCCACCUCUGCUGCUUCUGCUGCUGCCGUCGUCACAUCUGCUCCGGUUAUUAUCGCCAACAACGGCUCAGCUGUUGCUAACCAGACUGCUCCUGUGGUCAUCGCCAGCAAUGGUACCGCUUUGGUUAAUGGCACGGUUCCCGCAGCCCUCGCACCCAAUGGAACUACCAUCAUCAACGGUACUACUCUAGGAAACGGAACCGUCCCUGUCGUUGCAAACAACGGCACUGUCGUUAACGGCACCGCUCUCGUGACGGGAGCUUCCUCUCGCACUGGCUCUGCUGGCUCAUCUUCCACCAGCGGUUCGGGUUCCAGCUCUAGCUCGCGCGGCUCUGGCUCUGGCUCCGGCUCCGGCUCCAGCGCUGGUUCCUCUGGCUCUUCUGCUACCUCCACCGGUGGCGCAUCCCUUCCUACCGCUCUUGGUAUGGGUCUUGCUGGUGCUGUCGGUCUCGUCGGCGCCGUUUUCGUCCUUUAA